AUGGGUCACCAGCAGCUCCACUGGAGUCAUCCACAGAAGUUCGGCCCAGAUUCUGGCUCCUGCCACAUUUGCUCUAACUGCCACAGUCUGAUCCAGAAAUACAGGCUCAACAUGUGUGGUCAGUGUUUCCCUCAGUACUCCAAGGACGCAGGCUUCAUUAAGUUGAACUGA